AGGAAGCAAAAUGCAAUGUACCAUCUGGAGAAAAAGUGGAAGAAACUGAACAACCCAGUGAUGUAGAAGAAGGAGGAUUAGAUCUCACAGUGUCACUCAAACCUGUCAGUUUCUACAUUGCGGACAAAAAGGAAAUGCUUCAACAAUGUUUCUGUGUCAUAGGGGAGAAGAAACUACAGAGGAUGCUGCCUGAUACUUUAAAGAACUGUUCCAUGGAUGAAAUCAAAAGACUUUGCAUGGAGCAGUUGGAGCUGUUAUCUGAAAAAAACCUGUUGAAGAUACUUGAAGGCAGGAUGGGAGCUGAUUCUGAUACUGACGAGGAGACAAAUGGAGGAGACAAGACUGGAGAUGAUUCAGUCAGUCAACAGGACAACAGUAUAGACUCAACUUCUUCUCUGAGAGAAGACAGCAAGCUGGAAGGUCAGGAAUCAAAACAAGGCAAGGGAGAAGAUAGUGAUGUCCUCAGCAUAAAUGCAGAUGCAUAUGAUAGUGACAUAGAAGGCCCCUGCAAUGAAGAAGAUGGCCCAGAUGUGCAAGAAAACACUGUGAGGAGUGGAGCUGGUCAGAUAGAUGACCUUCAGAAGGACAUUGAGAAAAGUGUGAAUGAGAUACUGGGGUUGGCAGAGUCCAGCCCAAAGGAGCCCAAAGCGUCGACCUUAGCUGUUCCUCCAUCAGAAGAUGUUCAGCCAUCAGCACAACAGCUGGAGCUUCUGGAGCUUGAGAUGAGGGCCAGAGCUAUUAAGGCCCUGAUGAAAGCUGGUGAUGUAAAAAAACAGCCCUGAGGUUGCUUAGGUUUAAUUUUCAGUAUUUGUUUUGAAGAAGGUGACAUCUGUUCUCUUCAGUGCUAUUGUGUAUUUGGGUUGAGUAUGACAUUCCUCAUUCAGACUGUAUUGUGUAUCCUGACCUGUGAUCCAUUGGUUUUGUUGCCUUUAGUGUGCUGCUUCUGUGCCAUGCAUAAGCAGAGGUUGGUGCUUCCCUGAGAUGAGGUGUCCUUUUACUGGGUCAUUUCCUCAAGGAGUCACACAACGUAUGCCAGGAACCUGGUGCCUUCCAGAAAGGUUGUUGUAUCAACUUGGAGUCAUAGAAUGGACUGCUUGUUUCUCCUUGGGACCCAUCUCGUCAUCAUGUUGGUAUUCUAGUCGAGUGAUAAUUCAUUUAAAAGAAUGCGUAAUUUCCUGAAAUUUGAAUUCCUAAAGGGAAGGAUUUUUACCUUUCAAAUAAAUAGUUGAACAUGUUAUUUUCAGAGUUAUGAAAGUGCCUGAAAGAGACAGAGCCUGUCAUGCAAUUUUUCACUCUUGUCCACUGUUUGUCUUCUGUGUUAUAGCUGAAAUAAAGAAAACAGGUUUUUUUUCCUGACUAUAAA